CGCAGAGCAGUGAGGCGGGCCUGCAGCAUGUGCGCGCACGUCCGCGGCCGCUAGCUGCACACACACUCCACAGCCGGGGCCGCCCAAGAUGUCCUAACAUGGGGACGACAUCGUGGCUGCUGCACGCGGCCGCCAUCUUGCUGUCCCUGUCCCUCGUCACCGGCAGCACGGAAAUAUUCGAUGACUUCAGCGAUGGGAAGUCAGAUAAAGAAAUCCUGGAUGAGCUGCUCAGGAAGGAACGCUACGACAAGAGGUUGCGGCCUCCUGUACCAGGCAAGCUCCUGGUCAAUGUCAGUGUCUUGCUCCUCAGUCUCGCCUCGCCGGACGAGUCGAGUCUGAAAUAUGAGGUGGAGUUCCUGUUGGAGCAGCAGUGGUAUGACCCACGCCUGCGCUACUCCAACCACAGCAACUUUGAAUUCCUCAACGCCAUCCACCACAAUGAGGAAGUCUGGUUGCCUGACACGUAUUUCAUAAUGCACGGCGACUUCAAAGACCCCCUCAUUCCCGUCCACUUUGCUCUCCGCAUCUACCGCAAUGGCACUGUCGUCUAUCUUAUGAGGCGUCAUCUCAUUCUCUCGUGCCAAGGCAGUCUGCACAUCUUUCCCUUCGAUGACCCACUUUGUUCCUUUGCGAUGGAAAGCAUAUCAUACGAGCAGAAAUACAUUACGUAUGUGUGGAAAAACAGUGAGGAGACAUUGCGAAAGUCUCCCAGUCUGACCACCCUUAAUGCGUAUCUCAUCAAGAAUGCAACCACCGAAUGCGAGAAGAAGUCCAUCUGGAGAGGUAACUACAGUUGUUUGAAGGUGGAUCUGAGCUUCACUCGUGAUCGUGCCUUCUACUUCACGACAGUGUUCAUACCGGGCAUUAUCCUUGUUACCUCUUCUUUCAUUACCUUUUGGCUCGAGUGGAAUGCAGUUCCUGCAAGAGUCAUGAUUGGUGUAACAACAAUGCUCAACUUCUUCACAACAUCAAACGGGUUCCGAUCGACUCUCCCUGUUGUGUCCAAUCUGACAGCAAUGAAUGUUUGGGAUGGAGUGUGCAUGUGCUUCAUCUACGCGAGUCUGCUGGAGUUUGUGUGCGUGAACUACGUGGGACGCAAACGACCACUGCACAAUGUUGUGUACCGCCCGGGUGAAAACCCCGUAACCCAGCGACUGCCAGCAGUUCUCAGCCGAAUUGGCAUAAUUAUGGCCACUCCGCUGGUAAGACAGGUAUGCCACAGAGAAUCAGAUUCAGAGAGAGAACUUCUUUUAUUAUUGGGUGACAAAAACAAAAGGGACACAUCAGCUCCCAACGAAAUAGUCACCUGCACCAACUGUGGCCCCAACCCGUGCACACAUUCUGCCAACAAUGGCUGUGCUACUGAGGUCCGCAAAAAGGAACCACCUCAUCCCAUCAGAGUGGCAAAAACAAUCGACGUGAUUGCGAGGGUGACCUUCCCCAUUGCAUAUGCAAUAUUUCUCAUAUUUUUCUUUGUACAUUACAAAGGGUUCUCCAAUAGUUCAGAAUAAGGUAGACUGCCAGUUUGGAAACCGUGUGUUCUAUAAGAUGCUGUUGCCACAGCAACAACACAAGUGCUUUGGCAGGUAAUGGCUAAUGAGUGCUGAGCUGAAGAGUAUAAUUAAUUGGUGCUUUUGGGGAAAAAAUUGUACCCUGAAGUUUUAAUUUAUUGCUUAUCUGUGAAGUGAUCAGAGCCUCUUCUUCUUUUUUGUUGUUAAUGGACACAACAGCUACAAGAAUUGCGAUUCUGAUUUUGAAGAUGGUGGGAGACUACUGAGACGCUUGGUUGCUAUCGUAGUAACUGCUGAGACUCGCGAGAAACGUUUCAUCUUAGGGAAGUCUGUGUAAAUGACUGUUAGAUAUGUGCUCAGUGGCUUGCCUGAUGAACCGAUUGUAAACUUAACUGCCAACUAUAAUGAGACUUAUUUUGUCUUGUGGUUAGCUUCAUUACAAGAAGAAAGAAACCUAAUAGGGUCACCGUAUUUCCAACUCUUAAAAUCUGGUUGUGAGUGACACAGUUCUAUCAUUGUUGCAGGAUUGUUUUGUCUGCAGCAUGUGGUGUACAUCAAAUCACACAUUUUCUCCACUGACAUGGUGGAUUUUGUAGCUAUUUUUAUCAUUAGUGUUAUUGUUGAACGACAUUUAUGACAUGUUGAUUUUUUAAAAAAUACAUUUGAAAAUUUUUAAAAGAUCUUGACUGGUAAACUUUGAUGUUUUUGUACAUAGCAUACCAAUUUACAAACACCAAUCAUCAUAGGUAACAAUAUUCUGUUUACCAGAUUUUGAUAUAUCAGUAAUGCCUAUAAAAAUAACUACUUUCUUUAUUAUUGUGUAGACUCACUGUAGUUAACACAGAGUUUGAACAGUUUAUUAAGCUUUAAAAUGGGAUUAAGGUGAUAUAUUAGUGAUACAUUUGCAGCUUAAAAUCAGCUUGUAACCAUUCCUCAGACCAUUGAUUAAAAAAAAAUAGUAAUUUUUGAAACUUGAAUUAAAAAUCUCGAUGGCUUAGCAAGUGUUGCAAAAUUAUGGGAAGGUUUGGAGUUCAAACAUUGUUUAUCAGAUGUGAAGAUGAAUAGUUGCCAGAAAUUUUUCUGAAAUAUGUGCAUCUAAAUUACAUCUCUUUGCAGUAAAUGCACUGUUGUUAACACUGAAGGUCUGCAUGUCUUUCUGACAUUGAAGGUCAAACUAGGAAGUAGCAGUGGUAUAACUAUCAGUGGAAGUAGCUUAUUGCUAUGGGAAAUCAUUUCCCUUUCCUUGGAAACAUGAGUCGCUUCACGUUUCAUGAUAAUUCUUGAAUUAUUACAGAAUUUCAGGUUACCCUGUCACAUUCUUUUCUGUCACUAUACAGUCUGAUGAUCUGUCCUUUCACAACAGUUAAAUAUUGCAGAAAACAGUUGUGCAUAAACAAAUUUAGGGAGUGGACUGACUGUGAUAUUUGGGUUACAACAUACUUUGCAGAAGACACAGCUCUACACAUUCAUGAAAAUAAAAUUUCUUUGGUGAGGUAUAAAAAUUUUUAACACAUGAACUACAACUGAAAUUCACUAUCUUAGUUAAGCAUGUGCAUUAACAAUGAUUUUAUUAGUUCUAUUGAAAUUUAUGAGGCUCUCCACUUUUGGCUAUUUGAUGAAUGACAGAUCAAUAAUUGUUUAUGGAUGGGUGUAUUGGCUGGUGGAUGGUGUAAAAUGUCCAUACUACAUUCAUCGGACAUUAUUCAGAAAUAACCACAUUUUUAUAACAGCUUUCAUUGUAUCAUUAAAAAAAUGUUUCACAUCCACUUCUACAGUUGCUUAAAUUUUCUGCUGUAUUAAAAUUACCAGCUUGUUAUUUUUUUGUGUCUUUAAUUAAUUCAUUCAUUCUUUCUUCAUUUUUAUCCAGUGGGAACUAGUUGCCUAGUUGCUCAGAAAGAGUUUUGUGCCAGAAUUUUCUAAACAAAUAGCAUAACAGGUAUUUUGCUUACACAAAUGAAAUUAGUGAUGGCACAAAAGAGAAAGGCAGACCUUCAGUUAAAUGGUGCAGAGUAUUUCUGCAAUAAUGCAACAGAGAAGACAGUUGGAGGUAGCAGAUUCAUUCUUCUUCUUUUUUUUCAGUUCUAGACUCAUUAACAUCUUUUGUAUCGUGUUUAUGUGUGCAUCUUCAUUUUGAAGCACUGUUUCUGCUCUUUGCUGUGAGUUUAUAUCCCCAGUAUCAUUUCCAUCAUUCCAUUGUUUGAUUCUGUCAAGUGUUUUGUCAUGAGAGAGCCUAGUUAUUUGUGUUAAAUAAUAUUUUGUGCAUUGUCAUUUACCCUGUUUCAUAGUAUGUUCCUUUGUCCUGUUCUGAGUAGUUCUUCACAACUUAUGUUUAUAUACAAACAGAGGCAUAAAAUGUAUAUUUGUAUAACAUACCUGCCAGAAUAUUUUUAUUUGUAAUGUUGAAAUAUGUGAUGUGAUAUGAUAUGACAAAUGUGACAUAAUUUGUGAAAAUGUUUAUAUUGAAAAUUGUCUUUUAUCUAGAGUGGAAGGAAGCAUUGAGGUUACUUCAGGUUUUAAGCAUAUACAUCUUUGAAUAAUAUUGAGCAAAUGAUGACAGCUUUUAAUUUUGAAGUUAACUCUAUAUCAGUCUCUCUGAAGUUUGUUCCUGUAAAUUUGUGAUCAUGUCUCAGAACAUGACACCAUGGAAAAAUAUUCACACUUGUAAUUCUAGCAUGAUAGAACGGUGCUCUUGAAACAGGAGUGGAAAUAUUCUUACUACAAGUUUACUGGACAGUCUCUGGACCAACACAAAUAUUAUGUAUCCUGCACUAUUUUCAGAUCUCAGAAAGUUAUUGCACUUCUCUUGGGCUUUGAAACAAAGUAGAAGUUCACUGCUUAGCAUGUAGUCAUAGAUAGUGGAAGAUAUUUGCUUUGAGGUUUGAAGUGUUUCUACUACUUGUCAUAGCACUGAUGUGGCAAUCAAUUAAAUACAGAAUUAAAAGGAGUUAAUUAAUUGAGAUACAAAAGAUUGGUGAAACUGCAAAAAAAAAUAUUUUCUAAAUUGUACAUUUCUCAGUGAAAAGAAACAUCUGUUGUAAAUACCAUCUCAUUUAUUUCUCCAAUAGUUAUGAAAGAUGACAUUAUGCUUCAGGUUCCAUUGUGAGAAACUGCAUCCUACAUACCACAAUUUUGCGUUUAUAUAAGAUUUUUUUAGGUCUUAAAUAAAUGUUAUUUUAUUUUUAAUUUUGGACAGAAGUUGGAGCCCACAACUGAAUAAUUGCAUGAAAACAAAACAAUGUAUCUUAAUUAGAAUAUUCCAGUUUUAACAACAGAAGCCUUUCAUAGAAGUUUUCCAUUGCAGCUUCUCAUUUGUGAAAUAUAUUUCAUACUGAAAGUAUGCAUGUAUUAAAAUUGACAAUGUGCAAUUGCUUAAAUUAAUCGUAAAAAGGUUUACAAUUUUUAUAGGUUCUUAUGUAUUUACGUUAUGCUGUUGUAACCAAAAGAUCUGGAUCCCUGUAAGAAUGGCCUCACUGUUUACAUAAGUGGUUAAGAUCCAUUAGCGGCUCAUAACAGCUCUCCUCGUGUACAUUCAACAAAUAGUAUUAUUAGUAACUGAUUUCAGUCACACACACACACACACACACACACACACAAACUUAUCUAAUCCACUAAGAACAAGCACUGAAUGUUGGUAUCCCCAUAUUGUAACAUUGCCAUGGAACAAUUUAGAAUAUGUGCAACUCUUAUGGCAGAUGUUGUUUUAAAUUCAUUAUGUAGUAAAUUGAUUAUGCCUAAACUUCCUUGGCUUAACUUUAUUCAGUCUGAAGUAAUAUUCUUUUCCUACAAUACCCCUAAUACUAUGCACAUGUUGGGCAUGCUUGCUGUAUUUGUGCUGCCCAUAACAGGAUUUAAAGCAAAAGAUAAAUGUCCCACUCUAAUCACUGUACCAAGUUGUUGCUGCCAUCUUCAGUCCAAAGACUGGUAGCUUUCCAUACGUACAGUAGAGCUACGUUUCCUCAGUAGAUGUAACAGCUUGCUUUCAAGUGUUCCAAUGAAUCAAAGCUACAAUGCCAAAUGUUACAAGGACAGGUCAGUCAAUCAUCAAGACUGUUGCCCCUACAGCAACUGUUGCCACUCUUGAUGAACUUCAAAAUUAGUCUAGCUUCUCCACAGGGUGCAGGUGCACUUACAACAUGAUGGUACUCACUCCUCCUCUCCAACCCCCCCCCCCCCCCCCCCAAACUGCAAUUCUCUUUCCAAUAUCACACUGUUGAAGUGCACAUGUAUUGUUAAAAAAAAUUAGAAGUAAUGUUGCAUCUUAAGACCCAGUGUGCCAUUUACAGAACCUAUACAUUGUAAUUUGUUAGGUCUGUGUUGCUAAAGCAGUUUUCAAGCAACCAUCAUCUGGAAGCAUAUCAUAUGACUGUUUGAAUAUAUCUUAGUUCAUGUUCUGUCAUCAUCAUCGAAUCACAGUAUUUUGUUAUGGAAUUCUACUUUCUCUUUUCUUGUAUUAUAUCUUUUGUGCUGACUCCAUCUUUGUGCAUCCUUUGCAAUGUAAGUAUUAUUCCCCUUUUUUCUACGAGGAACAUAUGCCUCUUCCUUAGCACAGAUCCAAAUAUGAAACUAGUAUUAAAUUCAUACAUUUCGUUUCAGUUUUCUCCAUUAAGUGCUUUUAACAAAAAAGUCAUUUUGAAUGGGGUAUUUUUGUUUCCUUUGCGUUCAGCUGUAAAGCUCAGCGUGGCAGUUCAUAACUUGCUAUACUAUUACAGUAGAAAUGUGUGUUGUAACCACAUAAUUUUAAAAAUUAAGUAUCCACAAGUAAAAUAUCUUGCUGAACAUACUUAUCACUUAUCGGGCAUUAUCCAAUAUAUCAAUUGUGAAAACUAUCAGAAUUGUUACAGUGUCCAAAUUUACUAAACAGUAUAUAUUUGAUAGUCCUCCUUAUUAGGCUUCUCAUUCUGUUCUGUUCUGCCUAGUUACCAUAGUAUGUGACACACUUCUAAUGGUAGUAUUGCUCUUUGCAUUUAGAUUCGAUGUGCAUUGCAUGAAUGCUAAUGUGGUUUACUGACUCCUUGUAAAGCUGUUACUUAGGUCUUGAUCACUGAAGCCAUUUCUCAUUUAAUAUUCUCGUUUAAUAUUCUUCCUUUGUAGACAGAGUUUGUGUCACACUUCGUAAGAGAAGAACCUUAUCGCCUGAAAAUGGAAUUUAGUCUAACUACAUUCUGACUUUGUUUUCAUAAGUAUUAGUCUGUAGAUCUCUCCUCCAUCCCCCUUUCACCCCAUUUCUACCUCAUCAGUAAUGAUCAACAUCUGUAACUAAAUUUGAUAAGAUUGUUACUCACUUGAAGCCACUGCUCAGUUAUGGCAUAUCACACACAAACAGUAAUUCCAUUGAAUCGUGUCCACUUCUUGCAUCAUGUGUGACAUUAUUUCUAUCUAGUGUAACAAAGGCUUUAUUUACUUCUUCGUAUUCCAAACAAAGAAGCAACUGUUUCACAGGUAGUGAUGUAUUUUCUCCAACAUUCUACCAAGUGAUGUUUUGCCAACUAAAUGUUUCUCAGUAGCACACUGUCGAGGAACAUGAAAAUCCAAAUUCACUAUGAAUGACUGUUCUGUUUAUGAUUGUCUAAUUUAAUUGAUAGUUAUGAUGAAAUAAUUGAGCUGUAUCACUUGUUUGCAGACAAAUUUAUCCUGUUCGAUGUUUGCGGGUUAUUGGGUAAAUCAGUAGGGAAAUAUAAACUGAAGUCUAUGAUUGCAAAAAUCUUAUAUUUGUUACACUGUGAGUGCUGAGUAAUGAAGAGGUAUAUAAUGAAAUACACAGGAGGGCCACAGAAAGAGAGAGAGUGAUGGGAGGGCAUACAAUUUGGAAAACAUGGGUGCUUGUACACACAUUCUGACGUACAUAUAAACUUUAUGCAAUACCAGUAUCUUAAGAUAUAUUCUUUUUCUCAGAAUAAAAAUGUGUAGCUGGAGUUAGCAUAAACAAAACUGUGCAAAGUGCUCAUGUUUCAUCGCAUGUAAAUAUUUUGUUUAUAAUAUAAGAUAAACUGAUAUUUUCAUCAGUAGUCUAAUUUUGUCCUCUUCAAUAUUUGAUCAAAGUAUAUUUAUUGAAUGCAAUAGCAAAACACCGAAAACAGUUGGUAUUUUCAACAGCGAGUGACGAUAGCUGGUGUGCUGUCUUCAAAGUCACAGAGACAUCCCAGAUGAGCUUUUCAGCCUAGCCAUCAGAAAUAGAUGGUUUUCUGUAUGUCGCUUUAUAUUUUACUGAAAAUUUCCAGGUUCAGGGUUAAAAUUCAGACUGUAAUACAUUCUAUUCUAGUUGUAAUUAUAAUAUGCAACAGGUGGGCAAUGAAAUUUGUUAUUUUGUGAACAAGAAUAUUAUAUUCUGUUUGAUUACCAAAGAUACCUUGAAAAUUGUAUCUGUUUAUUUUCCAAAUACAUUCAGAGAAUGAGAUAAGUUAAAUCCCUGAUGGAUGUAAGAUGGUUGUGAUUUCACCUUAAAACACAUCUUUGAGCCUCACAGCAAAUUUCCCCAUCUCAUGGAAUGACUUAGUACUUCAUUCUGACAUAGGGGCUCCAAUAAAUUGUGGUUUUCUACAAGCCCAACAAAAUUUAGCAGUUCCAUUUAUUGUUAUACAUUUGGUUAAAUAAUAUCAU